GCCAUGUUGGGGUGUCAUCUGCAUUUCCUAGUACAACAGUGCAAGAAACAAAGCAAGAGGGAAACCUCUUGACUUCAUCUUGCAUUUCCACUUCCUCUCAAAGUCCAGCCUCCCUACAUUACAUUAUCAUCAGGCACGACAGCAAAUGGCAUCCGCUCCCCGUUCUCAAGUCCCCCCCCGGCACCCGCCAGAGGCGCACAAGGGGCGGGGAAUGAAAUCCAUCAGCGACACUGCAUCCAAGGCCGACAAGGCAGGACGCCCAGCUCUUCUCUCGUUCGAUGAGAUGCCGGAAUGGUUCCGACUUGAAUCCAACCAGUGGAUUCUCCAUGGAUAUCGGCCCAUGUCCGGCUCGGCUCACGCUUCGUUCUGCAGUUGGUCGUAUAUCUACAACGAGUCGGUCAACAUUCAUUCCCACCUCAUCCCGGCCAUUUUCUUCUUGCUCGGCGAGUGGUAUAUCCAGCAGUACCUUGCCAGCAGAUACUACGGGGUCACUGGCGCUGAUUUCAUUGCUUUCUCCAUCUUCAUGUUGACGGCCGUCACCUGCCUGUCGUUGUCGGCGACAUACCACACCUUGAUGAACCACUCCCAACAUGUGGAACAUUUCUGCCUGCGACUGGACAUGCUGGGUGUAGUGAUCUUCAUACUGGGCGACCUUAUCUUGGGAAUAUACAUAAUUUUCUGGUGUGAACCUUUGCCGCGCAAUAUCUGGUACUUGAGUCUAACACUCUUCUUUCCUCGGUUGAUAGAUUGGAGUUUUCGGGUCGUUGACCAUCUUCAUGACAAUGCAUCCCAAGUUCCAGGGCUCAAAGUAUCGCGUCUUCCGAGCAUUGAUGUUCGUGGCGACUGGCUUGUCCGGUGUUGCGCCCUUGAUCCAUGGAUUCAAUGUGUUCGGCAUGUCGCAGAUGAUGAGAAAAGCUUUUUUCCCUAUACUCUGGCAAAAGCAGGCUGCCUUCUAUCUGGGACUUCGUUUUAUGCAGUGAGUCUCCCAAUUUCGCACACAAGAGAGAAAUUGAACCUAACACAUGUGGUUCUGAAGACCAGGUUUCCCGAAAGUCAAUAUCCCGGCAAAUCCGAUCCCAUUCGAUCUUUCACAUCCUGGUGGUAUGCGCCGCUGUGGUCCAGUUCAUAGGGUAUCUGGAUGCCUUCGACUAUGCUCACGCAAAUCUUACUUGCUCGUCUCUUUGAGUUAUGUAUACAUGCCGAGUAUGGAGCUUCUGGCCCCUGGGACGAGCUUCCAAACGCUGACUGUACGAUAGUGAAGAGAAGCAUAUGAUCUGAUCGCUGCUAGCCAUGGCUGAUACUUAUUAUAACUGCCUGUAUCCAACGGCGUCAUCCGCAAAGGGACUUGAAAUCUGUUCUCCUAAUAUGUAUGAGACCAUAUCCAUCCACAUUGCCUUUAUGUGGUCCUGCUAUGUACCUCACCUUCGUUCCUUUCUUGAAUUGAAGC